ACAUUAUUUGAUAAUCAGAUCAAUGCUUCAAAAAAGGAAGACUCAGAAAGCAUUAAUAAAAAUGACACUUCAAAGAAGAUGUCUGUUGAGAGAGUUUAUCAGAAAAAGACUCAGCUUGAGCACAUCCUCCUCCGUCCAGAUACCUACAUCGGGUCAGUUGAACCAUUAACUCAGUUAAUGUGGGUUUAUGAUGAAGAUGUAGGAAUGAACUGCAGAGAAGUUACCUUUGUCCCAGGCUUGUACAAGAUCUUUGAUGAAAUCCUUGUAAAUGCCGCUGACAAUAAGCAGAGGGACAAGAAUAUGACUUGUAUUAAAAUAUCCAUUGAUCCGGAAUCAAACAUUAUCAGCAUAUGGAAUAAUGGAAAGGGUAUACCAGUUGUGGAACACAAAGUAGAAAAGGUAUACGUACCUGCUUUAAUCUUCGGGCAGCUGCUAACAUCCAGCAACUAUGAUGAUGAUGAGAAAAAAGUUACAGGUGGACGCAAUGGCUACGGUGCAAAACUCUGUAACAUAUUUAGUACAAAGUUUACAGUUGAAACUGCUUGCAAGGAAUACAAGCACAGCUUUAAGCAGACUUGGAUGAACAAUAUGAUGAAGACCUCUGAACCCAAGAUUAAGCAUUUUGAUGGUGAUGACUACACAUGCAUUACAUUCCAGCCAGAUCUGUCUAAAUUUAAAAUGGAAAAACUUGAUAAGGAUAUUGUGGCCCUCAUGACAAGAAGAGCAUAUGAUUUGGCUGGGUCAUGCAAAGGAGUCAAAGUCAUGUUGAAUGGGAAGAAAUUACCUGUAAAUGGAUUUCGCAGUUAUGUAGAUCUUUACGUAAAAGACAAGCUGGAUGAAACUGGAGUUGCACUGAAAGUUAUUCAUGAAGUUGUGAAUGAGCGAUGGGAUGUGUGCCUCACUUUAAGUGAAAAAGGAUUUCAGCAAAUCAGCUUUGUAAAUAGUAUAGCUACCACAAAGGGUGGUAGGCAUGUUGAUUACGUGGUGGAUCAGGUUGUGGGCAAACUAAUAGAAGUGGUGAAAAAGAAGAAUAAAGCUGGAGUUUCAGUGAAACCAUUUCAGGUGAAGAAUCAUAUAUGGGUUUUUGUUAAUUGUUUGAUUGAAAACCCAUCAUUUGAUUCCCAGACAAAGGAAAACAUGACAUUGCAGCCUAAAAGUUUUGGGUCCAAGUGCCAGCUAUCUGAGAAAUUUUUUAAAGCAGCCUCUAACUGUGGUAUCAUAGAGAGUAUUUUGAAUUGGGUCAAAUUUAAGGCACAAACUCAGCUGAACAAAAAAUGUUCAUCGGUGAAACACAGUAAAAUCAAGGGCAUUCCGAAACUGGAUGAUGCUAAUGAUGCUGGUGGCAAACAUUCCUUGGACUGCACGUUGAUAUUAACAGAAGGAGACUCUGCCAAAUCUUUAGCUGUCUCUGGCUUAGGUGUUAUUGGUAGAGACAGAUACGGAGUAUUCCCACUCAGGGGUAAAAUUCUCAAUGUUCGAGAAGCUUCUCACAAACAGAUUAUGGAAAAUGCAGAAAUCAACAACAUCAUCAAAAUAGUUGGACUACAAUACAAGAAAAGCUAUGAAGAUCCAGAAUCUCUAAAAAGUCUAAGAUAUGGAAAAAUUAUGAUUAUGACAGAUCAGGAUCAGGAUGGAUCUCAUAUAAAAGGCUUGUUGAUCAAUUUUAUUCAUCACAAUUGGCCAUCACUGUUGAAACAUGGUUUUCUUGAGGAAUUCAUCACUCCUAUUGUAAAGGCAAGCAAAAAUAAGCAAGAACUUUCAUUCUAUAGUAUUCCUGAAUUUGAUGAGUGGAAGAAACAUAUGGAGAAUCAUAAAGCAUGGAAGAUAAAAUACUACAAAGGUUUGGGUACCAGCACUGCUAAAGAAGCAAAAGAAUAUUUUGCUGACAUGGAAAGACAUCGGAUCUUAUUUCGAUAUGCUGGUCCUGAAGAUGAUGCUGCCAUUACACUGGCCUUCAGUAAGAAGAAGAUUGAUGACCGAAAAGAGUGGUUAACAAACUUCAUGGAGGACAGACGACAGCGUCGGCUACAUGGCCUUCCCGAGCAAUUUUUAUACGGUACAGCAACAAAACAUUUGACUUACAAUGACUUCAUUAACAAGGAGUUGAUCCUUUUCUCAAAUUCGGACAACGAGAGAUCUAUUCCUUCCCUUGUUGAUGGUAAGCUGAUAAUUCAUUAUGAUUUGUUGGAACAUUCGCCUUUAUU